UCGUUACGCUUUGUGACAUAAAGGGCUAUGGUAUUCCUAUGGUGUUCAUCAAGUGUAAUGAAAUUCUAAAGAAACGUAUAUUGUGGGAAUAUGGUCGUUACAACACAGCAAAUUUGGGACCAAGCACCAGGUGAGCUGUGGGCUUACCUCGCCAUUUUGGCCAGUAUCUACGUUCUAUACGUUCUGAAAAAUUACAUUCGAACCAUCAUCUUUGUUUCGAGUCUCAAUGGUCCGAAAACUGUACCGUUCCUCGGGAAUGCAAAGUGUGCUCUCAAAGAUAAUCUACUUCAUAGAUUGGCACACGAGAAUCAAACUUAUGGUCGUAUCAUCAGGAUAUGGCUGACAGGACUCCCGUACGUGAUGCUUUUCGAACCAGAGGACAUGCAAGCGGUUCUCAGCAGUAUGAAGCACACGCACAAGAUAUUUUUCUACAAACUACUUGACAAUUUCCUUGGAAAAGGCUUAAUCACGAGGGACGUGCCAACCUGGCGAACUCACCGGAAGUUCCUACAGCCGGCUUUUCAUCUUCAUAUUCUCGAGAGAUUCACAAGUACCUUCGCCGAAUGUGCGACUAACUUGAUGAACGACUUCCUCGAAAAAGACAACCAAGAAAUUAAUAUCACUCCUUUCAUCAACGAUUCCGUGUAUGACAUCCUGAGUGAAACUGUCUUGGGAAUAAAUCGAAUGAGUCGACGCUCAUCCGGCGCAGCAACGGACGACGAUCUUCCUUUCAGAAAAGGGCAAAUCAUGUUUUUGUAUCGUUUGGUGAGGCCUUGGCUAUUGAUCGAAUGGAUUUAUCGAUUGACCAAGCACGGCAAACAAGAGGAGAAGCAACGAAGAGAUCUCUUCGAUACCUGCUUCAAAAUGAUGAAAGAUAAACGUGAGCAAUUGAAGAAUAAAGACGUAAAUGCCAGUGACGAAACGAAGAGAAGUCAGAGAAUGUCUCUGCUCGAGUAUAUGGUGGAGAUGAACGAGAAAAAUCCUUGCUUCACCGACGAAGAUAUCGUCGAAGAAUGUUGCACGUUCAUGCUAGCCGGCCAGGAUUCAGUCGGUACUGCAACAGCGAUGACGAUCUUUCUCCUGGCCAAUCAUCCUGAAUGGCAAGAGAAGUGCAUAGAAGAGCUCGAUAAUAUUUUUGACGACGACUCAAGACUGCCUACGAUGAAGGAUUUGAAGGAAAUGAGAUGCUUGGAAAUGUGUAUCAAAGAGUCACUCAGAUUGUACCCCAGUGUGCCGAUUAUAGCGAGGAUACUUGGCGAAGAUGUCAAAAUAGGAAAACACGUGAUACCGGUGGGUUGUGGUGUGCUCAUAUCCCCUUACAGCACGCAUCGAUUACCACACCAUUUUCCCGACCCAGAAGCGUUCAAACCCGAACGUUUCAGUCCAGAAAAUUCUGAGAAAAGGCACCCGUACGCUUACUUACCCUUCAGCGCUGGGCCGAGGAACUGCAUCGGGCACAAGUUCGCAAUGCUCGAAAUGAAAUCCAUGAUCAGCGCGAUCCUUAGGAAAUGUCGGUUACAAUCGGUCCCUGGAAAAGAGAAAGUGAGAGCGAAAUUUAGAAUGACGAUCAGAGCACAAGGUGGACUCUGGGUUAAAGUAGUGGCACGUGAUCGAGUAUCGAAAACCGGUUUAGACAAUUAAUUUGGUGUUUCUUAAUGACCCGUUUGUAGUACGGCGGUUAUAGUUUUGAUGAAAAAAGGAUCUAACUAAUCGUACGAUUUGUAAACUGUAAAUUAUUCGAUCUUUUGUUAAGUAAAAAGCAUCUUUUUAAUUGACGAUACCUUAGUACAAACAAUACGAUAUUGAAGAUAUCCUUGAAUGGUUCCUUGCUAAGAAACCGGGACGUAGAACGGCACUGGGUGAUGUAAAAAAACCAAUUUUUGUUAUGUUAAGGUGUGACUGAACGAAUAAAUGAUUAACGAGUGUAUGUCGAAAUAAAUAAUUUUAUAACGAUUGAAUGUGUACUUCAUCUGAAACUGUUACGAGGCUUUAUUAUAUAAUAAAUAGAGUAAAACUUUGCUACAUAGAAAUUGUUUUUUUAACGAUUUUUUUAAAAUUAUGAAAAUGAAAUAAAUGUUCAUUUUUGUGACUCAUUAUUAGGUAGAGUCCUGAAAGGAAUGUAAGAUCUAUUGUUCCACCUGUCGACUCUCUUUUCUUAACACGUGUGAAUACGCAAGUUUUUAGAAAAUGUUAUUUAACGGUCGGUGUUGAAUACGUAAUCCUUUCUAAUACUUUUGUCUGCGAUACUAUGACGGACAAAAAUGAUGUACUGGACCGUCAAUCGAACUUUCGGUCCAUUUACCCUGAAGGCAGUAGAGUAGGGGUCAGAAAACUUUCUCCAAGAAGGACCGGAUAUUAAAUAUUUAGGCAUUAUUGGUCAGGAGAUAGAAUGAAGAAAUGUAUCCAUGUAACAUAGAAGCGAAUAUUUACGAAAUACAAAACACAAUAUAAUUUGAUAAGUUAAGAAACACCAGUUCGUUGAACCUCAUCCU